CAGUUCCGCGGCUCGGGAGCUUGAUUCGUCAAACGCCACAGUUCUGAUACAAAAGUAAGGUGUAUUGGUUCGUGGGCAAUAUUCUGAAUAAACAUUUAAGCGUCGCCACAGCUUUUGGUAUCCCGCAAGUUUGGUGCCGAUGUCGUCAGGUCGAUCGCAGGACAAGCGGGCUUGGGAGGUGCGCGCGUCAGCUCUAGCUCGGAAUACGCACAAUCUGAUAAGGAGCAUCGUCGAAAAUCUGCAAGUAGAGCCGAACCCCGAAAAACAACUGAUAGCGCUUUCAGUAGGUGACCCAACAACUUUUGGGAACCUAAAUCCGCCGGAGCAAGUGAUCCAAGCUGUGCGGGAGAGUAUAGAAUGGCAUACAAGUCGAGGGUAUGGGUCCAUGGUGGGCCACCCGGAGGCGCGGCAGGCGGUGGCGGAGUACAGCGCGCACCAGGGCCCCGUGGCCGCUGAGGACGUGAUCCUCUGCAGCGGCUGCUCGCACGCCAUCGAACUCGCCAUCACGGUUCUCGCCGAUUCCGGACAGAACGUUCUCGUCCCCCGACCCGGGUUCAUGAUAUACAAAACUGUUGCCGAAGGAUUGGGGAUAGAAAUCAAGUAUUACAACUUACUGCCUAAUCAACAAUGGAAAGUCGAUCUGGAGGAUCUAGAAAAUCAAAUAGAUGAUGACACUGCGGCGAUAGUCGUGAUCAAUCCGUCAAACCCAUGUGGCUCGGUGUAUAACAAGGAGCAUUUGACUGAGAUCAUAGAUAUAGCUUCAAGGAACUGUGUGCCUUUAAUUGCAGACGAGAUAUACGAACACUUUGUGUUUUCUGGUCAUGAAUUCACAGCUAUUUCAGCACUAUCGAAAGACGUACCUGUUCUGACGUGCGGUGGCCUUACCAAAAGAUUUUUGGUGCCUGGCUGGAGGAUGGGAUGGCUGAUCGUGCACGAUCGUCAAAAUAUACUAGGCAAAGAAAUUCGAAAGGGAAUAAGCAAUCUAGCAAGUAAAAUACUCGGACCUAAUACGCUAAUACAGAGAGCCUUGCCGACUAUACUCAAGACCACACCGCAGAGUUUCUUCGAUGAGGUUGUCCUUUUUAUCGAGAACCAAGCUAAACUGGCCUAUGAGGAGCUACGACGAGCUCCCGGGCUCCGGCCCAUUAUGCCACAAGGGGCGAUGUACAUGAUGAUUGAAAUAAAAAUGGCGCAGUUCCCUCAGUUCAGCAGCGAACUGCAGUUUGUGGAGCGAAUGGUCUCAGAACAGUCCGUGUUCUGUCUGCCAGGAGAGUGCUUCUGCUAUCCAAACUACAUGCGCAUCGUGUUAACUGUGCCAGAAGACAUCAUGAGGGAAGCGUGUCAGAGGAUAGUCAAGUUUUGCCAAGAUCACAUCGUGACCAGAGAAAAGCUGAAAGAGAUUGACACCAACGUGGUGUCCAUGCCUAAUGCAACUGAAGUCAUUUGCGAUGACGCACUGCCACGCGUAAAUUAGCAAAUUAACGACAUUGUUGUUAGAUUUUUUUUUUGUAAAUAGCUAAACGAUUUAGCACACGGGGAUUUUAUUGAAUAAAUAGGUUAUUACGAAAUA